AUGAUUCACUUCGUGCUCCUCAUUAGCCGGCAAGGGAAGGUCAGGCUGGCAAAAUGGUAUUCCGCGUACUCUCAGAAGGAACGGACGAAGAUCACGCGGGAGCUGUCGGGAACGAUACUCAGCAGACCGGCUAAGCUGUGCAAUUUCGUGGAUUGGAGGGGUUACAAGGUUGUUUACAAGCGGUACGCGAGCCUGUACUUCUGCAUGUGCGUGGACAUCAACGACAACGAGCUGGAAACCCUCGAGAUCAUCCACCACUACGUCGAGGUGCUCGACCGCUACUUCACCAACGUCUGUGAGCUCGAUCUCAUCUUCAACUUUCACAAGGCAUACUAUAUACUAGAUGAAAUCCUCAUAGCAGGAGAGCUACAAGAGUCGAGCAAGAAGUCCGUUGCAAGAGUGAUAGCGGCUCAGGACACGUUGGUGGAGACAGCGAAGGAGCAGGGUGGUAGUUUGUCCUCCAUCAUUGCUCAAGCAACACAGUAG